AUGGCAUUUGCUUCGCAGCUCUUUGCCACUCUGACUGCUCUGUUAGCAGUGACCCGUUCAGCCACAGCGGCUGACCUGAAGCCCUGGCAGGUUACGCGUCUGUCCACUCAUUCACCUUCUGGCCGCCCCGGCAACCCACCGUUCUGUUAUUUGCGUCUAAACAUCACCGAUCCAAACGAGUUCAACCUUGGCAAAACGCACUAUGGUGACGCAAUCAUCGACCCGUCAAGCACGCAAUGCAAUUUACAGUGGGACUGUUUACAGGACACCAUAUGGGGACAAGUCACUCCCUGCAGCCCGACACAAGCUGGCCUCUGGACAUUUGAGGUCCUCGUGCCCGCCGGCAACUCCUCGCGGCCAAGCGCUACAGCGGACUUUGAUCUACGCUUUACGCUUAUUAACAAGAUGAUCAUGAACGACGACGUCACGAUCACUCAGAAGUACGUGGGACAGCAGCAUUUUGCCGUAGGCAAGAACAUGAAUGGGGCGUGUGGAGGUAGCAGUGUCUGCAACUGGGGUUUGAUCGAGAACACCACAGUCGAUGUCACUCAGAAGCUUGUCGAGUAG